GGUUACCGCCCACUUGCUCCUGCGCUUCUGGCUUCUGGCAGCUCUUCAGAUCCGACCCUGCGAAUGGUUUUGGCUGUGUCUUCAUGUAGGACCUACUCCCCAACCCUGCCUGCUGCGGUGAAUUCCACCUGCUAUGCUUUAACUUGUGCAACAGAGAUUCUUGCCCCGGGGAGAGCCGGGGAAGGACGCGCUAAUCAGAGGGCGGGGGCUCGGGUUGGGAUCUGAUCUUGUACCCAUCUACCCACCACGAGAAUGGUGGAGAUCUAAGGAGGGUGAACUUUCCUUCAGAGAUUCUGGUACAAGGGGAAAGAUACAUGUUGAGUCUAUAAAGCUGUCCAGGUGGCACAGCGGAGAAGAGAGAAUUGGGGAAACGAGGAAGGUUCCAUGAGAUGACUUGAACUGCGGAAACGUUUGGCAGAGGAAAAGGGCUUCAGUUUUAAUGUGAGAUCACUGGAAGCUGAGGUAUUAAGGCACCGAUCAUAGUGUCCUCUUCCAUUUUCCCAUUUUAUGAUCUCAUAACUACUAGUAGUAAAGUGUUUUCGAAGCCUUGGGGGAGGGGAUUACUGGCCAGGUCUGGAAAUGGCAGAGAAUUCUAGAAACUUACGGCUUGAAGGAGGGUUAGGUGUCCUGAUUUUUCACCUUCUUCAGGCCGGGCUUCAUCACCAGGCCUCCUCGCCAACUCCUGUCCCGUCUGUGUACCGGAUACCAAUUACCUCGAAUCUCAGUACUUUGUACUCAGCCCAGGCCCAGAGCCAUGGCAGAGUCCUCAUCGACUUCCUGGGAGCUGCCCCUGGUGGCUGUGUGCCAGGUAACGUCAACACCAAACAAGCAAGAGAACUUUAAAACGUGUUCUGAGCUGGUUCAAGAGGCUACCAGACUGGGCGCUUGCCUGGCCUUUCUGCCCGAGGCAUUUGACUUUAUUGCACGCAAUCCUGCCGAGACAUUACUCCUGUCCGAACCACUGGAUGGGGACCUUUUGGGACAAUAUAGCCAGCUUGCCAGGGAAUGUGGAAUCUGGCUGUCCUUGGGUGGUUUCCACGAGCGUGGCCAAGACUGGGAGCAGAAUCAGAAAAUCUACAAUUGUCAUGUGCUUCUGAACAGCAAGGGAUCAGUAGUGGCCAGUUACAGGAAGACACAUCUAUGUGAUGUAGAGAUCCCAGGUCAGGGGCCUAUGAGAGAAAGCAACUAUACCAUGCCUGGACACGUUCUUGAACCACCUGUCAAGACACCAGCAGGCAAGGUUGGUCUAGCAAUCUGUUAUGACAUGCGGUUCCCUGAACUUUCUCUGAAAUUGGCUCAAGCUGGGGCAGAAAUACUUACUUAUCCUUCAGCCUUUGGAUCUGUUACCGGCCCAGCCCACUGGGAGGUGCUGCUGCGGGCCCGCGCCAUUGAAUCUCAGUGCUACGUGAUAGCAGCAGCACAGUGUGGACGCCACCAUGAGACAAGAGCAAGUUAUGGCCACAGCAUGGUGGUUGACCCCUGGGGCACAGUGGUGGCCAGCUGCUCCGAGGGACCAGGCCUCUGCCUUGCUCGAAUUGAUCUCCACUUUCUGCAACAGAUGCGCCAACACUUGCCUGUGUUCCAGCAUCGCAGACCUGACCUUUAUGGCAGUCUCCUGCCACUCUCCUAAUGUUUUUAAUUUCUGUUGGUUGAGACAGACAAACACACGCCAACUGUGAGGUGAUGCUACCGUGACUUGUAGGCUGGACCCAAGCACGGUUCCCUUCACUUGCAGGACUUACUCUCUUAAUGGAACACAGGCUCAAUCAAGUCCAUGGGAAAGAAGAGACUUUGACCUGAUCUCAGAUUUCAGUUUCAGAAAAAUGAAAUUUUAUAUAGUCACUGUUUAUUUCAUGAAAACUGAAGUUGCGCUGAGGGCUGAGCAGCACUGGCAUUGAAAAAAAUAUAUAAUAAUCAAUCAUAA